ACGAGCAGCAGGAUGACGAUGAUGAUGAAGAAGGGGUCGUGGAGCCCCGAGGAGGACAGCCUGCUGACCAGCCUCGUGGAGCAGCACGGCCCCCACCGCUGGAGCCUCAUCAGCGCCGCCAUCCCCGGCCGCUCCGGCAAGUCCUGCCGCCUCCGCUGGUGCAACCAGCUCAGCCCCGACGUGCACCACCGCCCCUUCACGCCGCGCGAGGACGCGCUCAUCCUCGCCGCCCACGCCCGCUACGGCAACAAGUGGGCCACCAUCGCGCGCCUCCUCCCGGGCCGCACCGACAACUCCAUCAAGAACCACUGGAACUCCAACCUGCGCAGGUGCAGGCGCCGGGCGGCGGCGGCAGCAGCGGCGGCGGCCGCAUCAACCUCCUCCCGCGGCGGCGGCGGUGGUGCUGCUGCCGCCGCAGGCCCCCACCAGCCGCCGCGCCGCAUCAACCACCUGCUGCAACAGCAAUCUGCUGAUGAUCAUCAGCAACGACAGUGCCUGCUGAUGGGACGAUUAGGGCCCAAUCCCAACAGCAACACUCUGCUGCUGCAUGGGAGUGGGACUCCUCCUCCUGCUGAUGAGCCGCAGCCGCCCACAUCUCUAACCCUGAGCCUGGGCCUACCGCUGCCACCAGCAGAUCCAGAAGCCGCUGCUGCUGAUGAGGUUCCCAAGCAGCAGCAGGCACCAGAGCCGCCAGCAGGCAUGAUGAAAAUGAAAGCUGCAGAUCAAGACCUGCUGCGGCAGCCAUCGAUAUCGCCCCCCCUGCCGCUGCCUCAUCAUCAGGAAGGAAACGCGCAGCUCAUAGCGGCAGUGCGCCAGAUGGUGAGGGAGGAGGUGCAGCGCCACACAGGGCAGCUCGCAUGCUCACUUAUGGCAGCUGCAGCAUGGGCAAAGCAGCCACACCACCGUUAGUUGAUCGAUCGAUCGAUUAGCCAUCUAUUUACUUUAUACUAUAUAUUUUCCUUGUAUUUACUUUCAUGCAUGCCGCAUGAGUUUGUUAGUUUGCCAAACUCAGACAGCUACCAUAUACUGUUGUUUGGCUUAUGUAUUGUUUUCCCUUGUGCAUUUAAUUUAAUUUAUUGUAUUCAAUUUCCUUUUGUAUGGUUUUAAUUUGUUUAUAUCUGUAUAUACAUAUAU